AUGGAUUACAAACACACCAUCGAUUUGUACUUUCUGUUGUCGCUGUUUGGGACUCUGCAGUUGGUUCUGAGCGCAGAUUUGGCUUCAAUAGAACCAACAGUCUCCUCCACACGCAGGAGCAGUAGUCAGGCCCAUUUGAGGACAAAGCGAUGUUCUUGUGCCACGUUCUUGGACAAAGAGUGUGUGUACUUCUGUCACCUGGACAUCAUCUGGGUCAACACGCCCGAGAGAGUGGUGUCGUACGGGUUGGGGAACGCCCCAAGGACAAAACGCUCUCUACAGGCACCUGAGGGGAAACAGGGGUUCAGAAGGGCCCAGAGGGCUGGGAGGAAUGGUACGCGGUGCCGGUGUCAACGCCACAAUGACAGAACCUGCACAAACUUCUGUCACCAUGAACAAAAGCAGUACGAGUCUGAAAGGCUUCUGUCUGUUCACAGUCGACAGCUUUCCAAAGACAAAAGCAAACAGAGGCUGCCACUGAAGCAUGUGUGGAGCAGCAAAGAUAUGCAGACAAAGCUGUUUCCUCUGGUUGAAACUCUGCGUUUGGAGAAGUGGAGAAUGAGACGUUUGAAACACACACAAACAUGA